AGCAACCCCGUGUCCCACCCCCGGGCGCGUGCGCGGCGCCUGCUUCCGGCCGUAGUGUGGAGUUCCAGCCUUCCCCGCGCUGGUAUUCCUGCGGGUUUCCCAGGCGUCCUCCCGGCGUCGCGCCAUGACCCCGGACUCGGGCCCCUGCCCCGAGGGCCCGCUCUUAAAGCUGCUGCCCGUCGAUGACAGGGACCAGGGCACGCAGCGCUGCCGCCUGGGCCCGGCCGCCUUCCGCACCCUGGGCGUGCACUUGGGCUCGGCGGUGCGGGUGUCGCUGCCCGGCGGCGGCGGCGCCUGCCUGUGCACCGCGUGGCCGCGGCGGGACGGGGCGGACGGCUUCGUGCAGCUGGACGCACAGUGCGCGAGCCCCGGGUCGGCGGCGGCGCUGGCGCUGGCGGCGGGGCCCGGCGGGGGCGGCCUGCGCCUGGGCUGCCUGCGCGCCGUGCCCUGCCCGCCGCUGCGGCGCGUGACCGUGUGGCCGGUGCUGCGGGAGCGCGCGGACGCGCCGGGGGACGCGGCGGUGCUGGAGGCCGCGCGCGAGCUGCUGAGGAACCGGCCGGUGUCCGAGGGCCUGCUGCUGGCCGCGCCGCCCGGCGCCCCGGGCCCGCUGGCCGCCGUGCACAUCGUGGGCGGGGUCCCCGAGCCGGCCGGGCUGGUCACGGCGCGCACCUGCGUGGGCCUGGGCGCCGAGCCGCCGGCCGAGGAGGCGCAGCCGCCGGCCGAGGAGACGCUGGGGGGCCUGGCGGAGGCGGCGGCCGCGCUGCGCGAGCUCCUGCGCCUGCCGCUUUGCUAUCCGCGCGCCCUGGCGGCGCUGGGUCUGGCCAUGCCCCGUGGGGUGCUGCUGGCCGGGCCGCCUGGCGUGGGGAAGACACGGCUGGUGCGCGCCGUGGCGCGGGAGGUGGGCGCGCGGCUACUGGCGGUGGGCGGCGCGGCGCUGCAGGGCGCGCGGCCCGGGGAGACAGAGGCGCGCGUGCGGCGCGUGUUCGAGCGCGCGCGGGAGCUGGCUGCGCGCGGCCCCGGCCUGCUGCUCCUGGACGAGCUGGACUCGCUGUGUCCCCGGCGGGGCGGCCCGCACCGCCUCUCCGAGAGCCGCGCCGUGGCCCAGGUGCUGACGCUGCUGGACGGCUUCGACGGGCACCAAGACGUGGUGGUGGUGGCGACCACCAACCGGCCCGACGCACUGGACCCGGCGCUGCGCAGACCCGGGAGGUUCGACCGCGAGGUUAUCAUCGGGACUCCCACGCUGAGACAAAGGAGGGCGAUUCUGCAGGUGAUCACCUCAAAGAUGCCUGUGUCCAGGGGCGUGGAUCUGGACGAGCUCGCGGAGAUGACUGUGGGCUACGUGGGCGCCGACCUGGCGGCGCUGUGCAGGGAGGCUGCCGUGCUCGCCCUCCUCCGAGACGAGAAGCGCCACGACAGUCCUACCAUUGACGAAACGGACUUCCACGACGCGUUUAAGAAGAUCCAGCCUUCAUCGUUUCGAAGUGCCAUCGGGCUACUGGACCUCAGGCCUGUUGACUGGGAAGAGAUCGGUGGCCUUGAAGACGUAAAACUGAAGCUGAAACAGAGCAUCGAGUGGCCCCUCAGGUUCCCACAGGCCUUCGCCCGCAUGGGCCUGACGCCUCCCCACGGCCUCUUGCUGCACGGGCCGCCCGGCUGCGCCAAGACCACCCUGGUGCGGGCCCUGGCCACCAGCUGCUGCUGCGCCUUCAUCUCGCUGAGCGGAGCGGAGCUCUUCUCGCCUUUCGUUGGUGAUUCAGAAAAGGUCUUGGCUCAGGUAUUUCGACAAGCGAGAGCGAGCACGCCGGCAAUCGUGUUUUUGGACGAAAUCGACUCCAUCGUGGGCUCGCGCUUGGGCGGCAGAGCAGGGUGUGAUGUCCAGGAGCGGGUGCUCGCUGUCCUCCUGACCGAGCUGGAUGGCGUGGGCCUGCGGGCUGAGGAGAGACGAGGAAGUGGAUCGGAUCAGCAGGAAUUUCAAGAAGUUUUGAAUCGAAAUGUUAUGAUUGUUGCAGCAACAAACAGGCCGGAUGUGCUAGAUGACGCCUUGCUGCGCCCAGGGAGGCUGGACAGGAUCGUCUACAUCCCCCCUCCGGAUCAGAAGGGCAGGCUUUCUAUUUUAAAAGUCUGCACAAAGAACAUGCCCAUAGCGCCUGACGUUUCCUUAGAAAGCCUCGCAGCGGAAACGCACCUCUUCUCUGGAGCUGACCUUAGAAACCUGUGCAGAGAAGUAAGUUCAUUACCAGUGAAGAACCUGUGCUUCCAGGCAGCUCUCCGUGCCCUUGAGUCUUCUCUACUCCAUCGAGUUUACUAGGAGACUUGCGCCAGUCCCUUGGGGAUGGGGACAGGGACAGCGAGGCAGCCCUGCUAGCCCUGCAGGAGGACGGGCUGGAAGCAGCCGCGGUGCGUCAGGAGCACUUCCUGCGAUCGCUCGGCACUGCGAAGCCGUCCCUGCAGCACGUGGACUUGGCUCUGUACGAAAACUUAUUUAAGAAGGAAGGACUUGCUACCUUGGAAGAUAUUUAAGGGUUAUGUGGUUUUUCAGUCAUUACUGCUGAUCGAAAGGUGGACUUGUGUAUGAAUUAUAACUUUACACUUUGAGAGGUUGUGUUUGUAUUUUCUGUAAAUUAAAAAAAAGUAAAUAAAACCUGUGCCUGAUGAGCCAAGGCUCAUCUUAUCUAAAAGGCAUGUAAAAUGCCGUCAUGGGAAGAAGAAUGUGUGUUUAUUGAUUUUGUAAGGGUAACUAGGUUUUGUUGAUUGCUUUUUUGUAACCUUGAAAUAAUUUCAUAGCUACAGAAAAGUUGCAAGAAUAUUACAAAGAACUCUUCUAAGCUAACUGGGAUUCACCAGUUGUUAACAUUUUGCCCUGUUUGCUCUCUCUCCCCACCACAUGCAGUAGUUUCUUAACAAUCUGAGAACAGAAAACAGCUGUGCAUCACAUAGUGGUCGGACGCGCGGCCUGAGAAUCAGGUCAGGUGUUCUGUCACUGUGAGCGUGGCAGUGUGCAUGCUCACCGAGCUGACCGAAACACCAGGUGGUGCGUGACUGUCUCUGCAUCGUGUCCUCUGUCCCCUAGGUCUGUCUUUCCUGCCAAUAAAGAUUGUGUUUGCCACAGUGCAGUCACCGAUUCGGGGAAAUUAACAUUGA